CUAAAUAACAGAAACUCCCUCUUCUUCUUCUUCUUCUUCUUCUUCUUCUUGUCCUGCAACAAUUCUCAGCACUUCUGGAUACAAAUAUGGCAGCCAUUCUCAUUCGCUCACCUUUCUUUUCCGGUCCCAGAAAGGCUAGAGAAAUGAGGAAUAUCAUGACAGAAGUUAUUCAAUUUAGUAGCACCAAUUUGCGAUUACCAAGGAGUCAAAGAAGAUUCAUUUCUUUUCGUGGCUUGUUGAAUUCUGUCCAAGCCUCAGCCCAAAUAUCUGUCCCAGGCACUUCAUCGACGAGGGAAGAAAAAGUGCCUUUGAACUUCUUGAGGGACAAGAAGGUGGCUCCGGAUUCAGAUCCCCCUAGCUUGCAAGAUGUCAACCUUUUGUAUCAAUUUUUCGAUCAAAGUACCAAGCUAGUGGUAUUGACUGGAGCUGGAAUUAGCACAGAAUGUGGUAUUCCCGACUACAGAAGUCCAAAUGGAGCUUACAGUUCUGGUUUCAAACCAAUUACCCAUCAGGAAUUUCUCCGCUCUAGUCGGGCUCGUAGGCGUUAUUGGGCAAGGAGUUAUGCUGGGUGGAGACGGUUUAAUGCUGCGCAGCCCAGUGCAGCUCAUACUGCUUUAUCAUCUCUAGAAAAAGCUGGUUGGAUUGACUUGAUGAUUACACAAAAUGUUGAUAGGUUGCAUCACCGUGCUGGUAGCAAUCCAGUUGAAUUGCAUGGAACUGUGUAUUCCGUGAUUUGUGUAGAUUGUGGUUUAUCCUUUUCCCGGCAAAUAUUUCAGGAUCAACUUAAGGCCCUUGAUCCAAAGUGGGCAGCAGCAAUUGAAAGAUUGGACUAUGGCAACCCUGGAUCAGACAAGAGCUUUGGUAUGACGCAAAGGCCUGAUGGUGACAUUGAGAUUGAUGAAAAAUUUUGGGAGGAGGAUUUUCACAUCCCUACAUGCCAAAAGUGCAAUGGAGUGCUGAAGCCUGAUGUUGUCUUCUUUGGUGACAAUGUCCCCAAGGACAGAGCUGCUAAGGUAAUCCAAGCUGCAAAAGAAUGUGAUGCUUUUCUUGUACUAGGAUCAUCUGUAAUGACCUUUUCUGCCUUUCGACUUGUCAGAGCUGCACAUGAGGCAGGUGCUGCCACUGCAAUUGUAAAUGUUGGAGUGACUCGAGCUGAUGAUUUUGUACCUUUGAAAAUCAAUGCUCGACUAGGAGAGAUUUUGCCAAGAGUGCUUAACAUGGGAUCCCUCAGCGUCCCUGCGUCCAGGUGAUGCUACUCGAAAAUCAGUUGCUCAAAUCGGUUAUCAGAAGCUUUUUGGCACCACAAGAGAUUCAGAUGAUUGUAAGGUUAUAUUGUCUAUUCUCUGAAUGUGUUUGUAGAGCUUUGCUACAACUGUAUUAUUUUAUCAAUGAAUUCUCAUUCGUGGAGAGGGCCAGUCUUGAAGACUGUAAUUAGUUCUUUGGAAAGAGACGGUUUGUCGACAUGAAAUGCCAUGAUGUCCGUGGCUCAUACGUUAUGUCAUGCACAUAUGUAUGGUUGUAACUUGUAAAGGUGUUUCCAUAUCUAAGUAAAGCUAUGAACAUAAAUUUUUUCCAAUGAUUGUAUUUGGAACUCUGGAUAAAGUAAUUUUAAUUUCUGUAGAAAUUUCAAAAUUAUGGGAAUUACAAUUCCAUGAAUUUAAAUUCUAUUAAUUGAGAAUUUCAUUGUUUGGAUUUCAUGAUAUAGAGUUUUAAAAUAACAAAAAUUUGUAUUUAGACUAACUUUAGCUAAGAGAAUUGACAAAUAACGUCUAUUUUAUGAGGAAUUCAAGUCGAGAAUUUAAACUCCUAAAUCCUACGAUUAUUUUCUCGUGAAAAUUGCUAAUUCCACGGAAUAAUUUCCACUUAAUAAGAAUUCAAACGGGAGAAACAGUUUUAAGAAAUUGAAAAUUCCUUAUUUUUGAUUAAAUUUCUGAGAAUUCACUU